UUACGGAAGUGUACACAUGCGUUAUUCAGGAAGUCCAGCUCCGGAAUUGCGAAUUUAAGUUAUAUAUAUAUAUAUACUGUAUUCUUUUUUUAGAAGAAUGAACGAUCGAGAGCUCGACCUAACAGCCGCUCAGAAGGCGAUAAAAGCUAAAUAUCCAGCCAUCAACAAGAAAUAUGAAUAUCUGGACCACACAGCGGAUGUCCAGUUGCAUUCCUGGGGUGACUCACUGGAAGAAGCCUUCGAGCAGAGUGCAAUGGCCAUGUUUGGCUACAUGACUGACACGGAGACGGUCGAACCGAUUGACACAAUAGAAGUUGAAUCAGAGGGUGAUGAUCUGGAAUCGCUUCUUUUUCACUUUCUAGAUGACUGGCUCUUCAAGUUCAGCGCUGAUGUCUUUUUCAUACCUCGGGAAGUUAAAGUGCUGCACUUUGACAGGACACGCUUCAAAAUUUGCUCCGUCGGAUGGGGUGAAGAGUUUAACCUGGCCAAGCACCCACAAGGCACAGAAGUGAAAGCCAUUACCUACUCGGCCAUGCAGAUACACGACAAGGAGAAGCCAGAGAUCUUCGUCAUCAUUGACAUAUGAGAAAGAGAAAGUUUCUGUUGUUAGUUCGAUCACAUCGCACAAACAUUUUACUUAAGACUUUAUACAUUUUGAAUGAUAAAAAAAAAAAAACGCCAAAGCAUUGAAGAAAUGCUCUGUUGUAAAAGCUUUGCUCUUUUUUCCUUUUAAUUUAAUUAAAGCUAAAACCUAUAAAAACAACAGACUUUUUAUUGACUGUUAAAAUUGUUCAGCUCGUUUGUUUUGCACCAUUUUCCCAUCGUCUUGUGCACUGCACUGAUUACUGAACCAUUAUAUUUGUCUUUUUGAUAUACAUGAUGCUGUCUGUAAAGUAUAUGAAGAUGUCAUGAACUGCAUAAAAGAGUUCAGACCCAAACUAAUCAUGUUGCUACAAAACUUUAUUUUCAUGUCCAUAUUUGGCACACUAAAUCGCACUUGUAUGAAACUUGAGAACUCCAUUGCUUAUUUAUUGUUCAGAAAAGGUUUUAAUAAAUAAAAAUAAAAUAUAAAACAAUGA